ACACACCUCCCGGCCAGCCCAGCCAAUCCGCGCCCGCCCUGCAUGACACACACUCCGUCUCUUAAGCGGCUUCCACGCGCCGGGCCCGCGGGGGAGAACUGGAGUGCUGCGAUCGCGCUACUUGGAGAGUCCCAAGGGAGCGCGGCGUUAUUCUCAGCGUCCUUGGCGAGCACCGAGAGCACAGCCAGCCAGCUAGUCCUGGGCGUAGCGGUCCUGUAGGAGCCACAAGCGGCAGCAGUAGUAGCAGCGAGGCCGGCGGAGCGCGAGGUUAGCCGGCUCGACUUUUGGAGAGACGGAGCGCGCGGGGCGCAGCGCCAUGGAGUCCGGCAGGGGCAAGCAGAUGACUGCUCAGUUAAUGCUAGCAGUUGGAGGAGCAGUUUUGGGAUCUUUGCAAUUUGGCUACAACACUGGAGUCAUCAACGCCCCACAGAAGGUGAUAGAAGAAUUUUAUAAUCAAACGUGGCACAACCGUUAUGGGGACUACAUCAGCCCUGGCACCCUCACCACGCUGUGGGCCCUCUCUGUAUCCAUCUUCUCUGUCGGUGGGAUGCUCGGCUCAUUCUCUGUGGGGCUGUUCGUCAACCGCUUUGGACGGCGGAAUUCCAUGCUGGCAUCCAACGUCCUCGCCUUCCUUGCUGCUGCCCUGAUGGGUUUCUCAAAGAUGGCUGCCUCUUUUGAGAUGCUGGUUCUUGGCCGCUUCGUCGUCGGGGUAUAUUCUGGCCUCAGCACGGGCUUUGUACCCAUGUACGUGGGAGAAGUGUCACCCACAGCCCUCCGUGGGGCUCUGGGAACGCUUCAUCAGCUGGGCGUUGUGAUUGGAAUCCUGAUAGCACAGGUGUUUGGCAUGGAUUUGAUCAUGGGGAGUGAGAACCUGUGGCCACUCCUGCUGGGUUUCACCUUCGUCCCUGCCUUGGUGCAAUGUAUCCUGCUGCCGUUUGCCCCAGAGAGCCCCCGUUUCCUCCUUAUCAACCUCAAUGAGGAGAACAAAGCCAAGAGUGUUCUAAAGAAGCUCCGAGGGACAACCGAUGUCAGCAGUGACCUCCAGGAAAUGAAGGAGGAGAGCCGGCAGAUGAUGCAGGAGAAAAAAGUUACCAUCCCAGAACUUUUCCGCUCACCCAUGUACCGCCAACCCAUCCUCAUUGCUGUUGUCUUGCAGCUUUCCCAGCAGCUCUCUGGGAUCAAUGCGGUGUUCUACUAUUCAACUAGAAUCUUUGAAAAAUCUGGUGUGCAACAGCCGGUCUAUGCUACCAUUGGGGCAGGGGUUGUGAACACAGCCUUCACAGUUGUUUCAUUGUUCAUAGUCGAGAGGGCAGGGAGACGGACUCUGCAUCUCAUUGGCCUGGGUGGAAUGGCGGGCUGCGCAAUCCUCAUGACCAUCGCGUUGGCUCUUCUGGAUCAAAUGGCCUGGAUGUCUUAUGUCAGCAUUAUCGCCAUCUUUGGCUUUGUGGCAUUUUUUGAGAUUGGUCCAGGCCCCAUUCCAUGGUUCAUUGUGGCGGAGCUCUUCAGCCAAGGCCCACGGCCUGCGGCGUUUGCUGUGGCCGGCCUCUCGAACUGGACAUCAAACUUCAUUGUGGGGAUGGGCUUUCAGUACGUUGAGGAGGCCUGCGGUGCCUAUGUCUUCAUCAUUUUCAUGGUGCUGCUGAUCCUCUUCUUCAUCUUCACCUACUUCAAGGUGCCUGAGACGAAAGGUCGAACCUUUGACGAGAUUGCCUCUGGGUUCCGCCAAGGGGGAGCUCUGCAGGGUGACAAUAAGACACCAGACGAAUUCCACGGCUUGGGUGCCGACUCCCAAGUUUAAGACUGGCUGGCUCCCUCUUUUGCUUCACGCCUUUCCUGCCUGUUCUCACAGCUUGUAACAGAUGCCAGGUUCAUGGUGAAGUCAGCGUUGAGGCCUCCUCUCCGGGCCCACUGCCUGGUUUGCGGGUGAUGAACUGACACCCAUCUGCUAGGAAGAGUUAUUUGGCUUUUCAUGUCCAGGAUUUCAAUGCUGACAAGGUUCGGAAGCAACGGCUAACAUUCAGGCCAAGCCUUUUCUAGGGGGCAGCAACACAUCCUUCCAGUGACCUUCCCUUCGCUUUUUUAAAAAAGGAAAGAAAAAACCAGGAACACCCCUCACCCCCACACACAGUUUGCAAUACUGGAAGCAAACCAUGGUGUCAAAAGAACACUGUUUUGGAUUUGAUUUUAGAGACACUUAAAAACAAACCAAUGUUUAAAAGGUUUGGGGCAGAAAGAGGGCUGACCAAUGAUGGCAAAGGAUUUCCUGUUGGGUGGGGCCAGCAUCCUCAAAUGAAUUAGGUGACUUCUUUUUAAAUUUCUGUGGGCUCUGUGCUAGUCCUCAGCAUCCACCGUCCUUCCCAUAAGACUGUUCUGGAAAAAUGAGGUCUGAUAUUUUCUAUAACAGGUUAAUGGUGAAGGUCAGUAAUCGGGUGGGGGUGAAGGACAAACGCUUCUACUCUUGAAAAACCUAGCUGUCUGAUGUAAACCAUGACUCACCUGCCAUAUCCGUCAGCCAGAGCUUGGAAAAAGUUACUUUUUUGAACUACAACUCCCAUCAGCCCCAGCCAGUAUGGCCACUGGAUUGGGCUGAUGGGAGUUGUAGUUCAAAAAAGUAACUUUUCCAAGCUCUGCCGUCAGCCCCCACAGCUAGUCUGUGUCACCCUUUGCCUCUCCAUCAGUUACCCUUCCUUAGCGGGAAGGGAUCUCUGAAACUGGGAGAGGCAGCCAGAAGAGAAGCAGAGAGAACCGAGACCAUUUAGGAAGUAACAUCGCAUGUUUUUACUGAAGAGGUUUUAAAAAGCGGGGUUUGGGGGCCUCAGGCCCAAGAACUGGCUGUGGCCCUCCAGGCCUCUUUGCUCGGCCCUUGGGACUCUUCUCCAGGCCACACCCCUUUCCCUGAAUUGUGAUAAUGCCUGCAUGGAGGUGUGUGUGUAUAUGCAUGUGUUGUAUAAGCCAGAUUUUGUGCGGUUGAAAGGUGACAUACUUAUGAAGGUAAGAGUAACAUUUAUUGUUCUGCCCUAAUUUGCCUCUGGUCCAACCAAACUGGGUAUGUGGUCCCCAGUAGGUUGCCCAUGAGAGAAUGUGGCCCUCAAGCUGAAAAAGGUGGCCCAUUCCUACCCUAGAGCUCUCUUGAAGCCGUUUGUUCCCUCUCUCAAAAUUGCAGGCCACCAAACGUUCAGCAGUCUGUGUGUGAGGGGGAGACAGGUCAGGUGGGGGAUGGGGACUAGACCCCCCCCCGAGUUAUUUAUCAUGUUGAGGGAAGAGGAGAACCUUCUCACCCAUCGUAGCUUGCUCCACAUAGCUUAAGGAGUCUUCUUGCAGUGGAUGACUACCUUUCAAGUCGAGAAACGCAGACAUAAACCAGGGUUUCCUGUUCAGUGGUCCAUCUUAUAAUUAAACAUCCUGUAUCCAAAUGGUAGCCAACCAGCUGCCUCCAUGAAGCUCACAAGGGGCUUCAAGAUGGUGUGAAGAUGACGAGCCCUCCCUUACUCUUUGCCUGCCUGCCUCCCAUCUACUCUUAUUAAGAGGUAGACUGCUUCAGAAGGUGGAGGUUCACAACCAAUAGCCAUGGAAACAGAUUCCUAGAUUUAAAAGAGAUCUCUCCUCUUGUCUAAACUCCUUUGAAGAGCCAUCUAAGCAAGCCAGCAGCCACCGCAGUUCCUUAUGGCAGCAAUUUCCAGACAUUAGCAUGUCAUGUGGCAAAUGCUGCUGUGUGGGGAGUCCAAAAGAACAGGAAUGCCCCAAACCUCAUAUAUCAACAGUUUCUCCCAAGAGCCCCCCGUCUCCUUUUACCAAAGGUUCCAGAAAGACACAGUUCUAUUGCGUCUGCUCCAGAGGACCUCUGACAAGCACCACUCCUUGCCCUUAACACCCUGAACUUGCUGAAACAACAAAAACUCAGUAAAAAUGGCUGCAUACAUUUCCUGCUUACUGUGUAUAGACUGGAAAAUAUUUAUAUUAUAUAUAUAUAUAUAUGUAUUUUUUUUGUCCCUUCAUGUUAAUAGAACACUACGUUAUAGUGUGGUUUCAGAUGGACAAGCAACUUAUUGUAAAUAUUCUUGAAUAUGUUCAUACUGUAUGAUAAACAGAUAUUAGUUUCUAUAGCAAUUAUGACAUACAAUGACUUUUUUGUUUGUAUAGAUAAAACUUACCUGCACGGUAGUUGCAACUGAAUGCACUGACAUUUUAGAUUUUCCUCCAUAUGCUCAACCACCCCAGCCCUUAAAGAACCCCGAGCACGUAUUUUUGUAGAAGCUCUUGGCAGGUUUGCAAAAAAAAAAAGAAAAAAAGGACACACAGCUAUUUAAAUAGUAUUUUUUUAAUUUAUUUGUCAGUUUUUAAAGUGAAGACACAACCACACUUAAAAAAAAGACACUGAAAAAAAUAAGGUCAACUUUUUGCAUUUGCUGUGUAUGGUAUGAUGUCAGACUGAACUCCUUUCUAAAGUGCCAACAGGAGGUAGGUGCUAAAGAAAUGCACAGAAAGGAGAAACUUGUAUGGAUAGAAUAAAUGAUAUGAGCUUUUGAGUAUGCUGCAACG